AUGGUUGAUAGUCCAUUUAUUAGGGCGUUGGCCUGGUUGUUGUACAACCAAAGGAAUAAGGAGCACGAACUCAUCUUCAAUGAUGCCAGAUUUGUGGAUGUUCCGAAAUCAAUUGUUGUCCAAAGUCCAGAUUUUGCCGCGGACGAAUACAUGCCACCAUAUACUGCAGGGGUCAAAUCUGGUGGUGAGAAUUCUAGCCCUCCUCUGAGCAUCAAAAAUGUUCCAGCAGAGGCCAAGUCAUUAGUAUGGGUGAUGCAGGAUAUCGACGUCCCACUUCCUAUUAAAGGCACGCAUUUCAUUGCGUAUGGGAUCAAUCCAAAGACCUCUGAAUACAGCAAGGGCUGGUUUAGUACUGAGUCAGAGCCCGAGCAAAAAGGACUGCUUAAGUGGGGUUGGGGUGCUGGUAACAGAAUAGGUUAUUUUGGGCCUGGUCCGCCUCCCGGUCACGGCGAUCACCAGUACUUUUUUGAGGCAUACGCAAUCAAUGAAGAAGCCACUGAAAGACUUGAAAAAGAGCACGAUAUUUCUGCAGGAAAGAGGGUAAACUUAGAUCAACUCAUGAAUAUCAUGCAUGGUAAUGUUCUGUCAAUGGGCUAUUUGAAAGGACUUUAUGUGAAACCAUGA